GUUCGCACAAGUAGCAUCACAUGACAUGAGAGUGCGCAGUUAGACGACACACCACCUCGCGGCACUGUCUUUUUCCCUCUUCACACGCCCGCGACGAAGCACAACCAUCCAAGAUGGCCCGCCGUCCCGCUCGCUGCUACCGCUACUGCAAGAACAAGCCGUACCCUCGGUCUCGGUUUGUGCGCGCUGUGCCCGAUGCCAAGAUUCGCAUCUUCGAUCUUGGCCGCAAGACAGCCCACGUCAACGACUUUCCCCUCUGCAUCCACCUCGUCUCCAACGAGAUUGAGCAGAUCUCCAGCGAGGCUCUUGAGGCCGCCCGUAUCUGCUGCAACAAGUAUCUUGUGAAGUUCAUUGGCAAGGAGAGCUUCCACAUCCGUGUGCGUGCCCACCCCUUCCAUGUCAUCCGUAUCAACAAGAUGCUUUCCUGCGCCGGUGCGGAUCGUCUGCAGACCGGUAUGCGUGGUGCCUUCGGUAAGCCCAACGGCAAGGUUGCCCGUGUGAAGAUUGGCCAGCCCCUCAUGUCUGUGCGUACCCGCGACAACAACAAGGCCCACGUCAUCGAGGCCCUGCGCCGUACCAAGAUGAAGUUCCCCGGUCGUCAGCUCAUCAUCAUCUCCCGCAAGUGGGGUUUCACCCGCUUCGACCGCGACGAGUACAUCCGCCUGCGCGACGAGGGCAAGCUCAUCCCCGAUGGCUGCUACGUCAAGCUCCACGCCGAGAAGGGGCCCUUCCAGAACUGGAUCAGGCACAUGUCCUAAGCGCCACGCCCCUGUCCUUUGCGCCUUUUUGACAAAGAGCCAUCGGUUUUGCGUGUGAAUUUGCUGCUUGGUGAUGUGACGUGGUAACGUCUGCGUUUGUGCUGGUCUUCCCCCGCUUGUUCUCAAUUCUGUCCUCCUCAUCCUCUUGCUUGGCCUCGCUUGUUGCACCCAUCGUCGUGUGGGCGGAAGAUGGGCCUUGCUUGGCAUGACAUGAGUACACUUGUCGCUGCUCUCUAAAAACCUUCCCAAAUGAAUACAGUGUCGGCGAUACACCAUAGCCAGCA